AUGGCGGGCAUCAAAGCUGGCAAGCACGACGAGUAUCUUGUCGGCUAUCAGGUUGAAGCGGAUGCUACUGACCUAUCUGAAACCGAAGUCUAUCUGGGAAGCGACACGGCGCAGAACUCGUUCGCGUGGCUUGUGCCGCUCUCGGAAGGGCGCGCGCUGGUGGGCAUGGCACCCCGGCGCCGCGCUAACGGGCAGAUGGAGGGAUUCAUCGAGCGCCUUAAAUCCGAUGGCAAGAUCGAUAGUAUCGCGAGCAGACCGCAAACAUGGGGGAUCCCAAUACGCCCACUAUCGCCGAGCUACGGGGAUAGGGUGCUGGUGGCAGGAGACGCCGCAGGGCUGGUCAAGCCGACGACCGGCGGCGGCAUCUACUAUGCCUUUCUUUCGGGACGGAUCGCUGCCGAAUCAGCGCAUAACGCAAUCUCAAGCGGUAAGUGUACAGCCAACGACCUGCGCGGUUACGAGCGGAACUGGAAGGCUGUGUUCGGUAGGGAGCUACGGGUCGGCUCCUACGCGCGUAUGCUCUUCGAGACGCUGACGGACGACCAGAUUGAGCGGCUGAUGAUCGAGUUCCUGUCUGACGGAGUGCUGGACGAUUACAUCGGCGAGGAUGUCGCCUUCGACUGGCACGGCAGGGUCAUCAUGACGACGCUGCGGCACACGAAUAUUCGCCGCGUGCUCGGCACCCUGGGGCCAUCUGCUGCGCCAUUCGUGGCACGCCUAAUGCAUGCCAGAUGA